CUUAAUACAGAAAAAUAUUUUAUAAAAUUGUAAAAUUUGCUUUAAAAAUAGAGAUAAGUUAUGAAUUCCACGAUAUUCCACUUUCAUUUGCAUUGUGUUUGUACGUAUGCAGUAUUUUUUUUGUAAUUUAACAUUCAAACUCACCUACUAGUACCAACUCCACUUUUAAGCUAUGUUUUAUAUGACAGUUGCAAAAUGCCGUUAUUAAGACAUCUUGAAAAAUGAAAGUAAAAUUAUUUAACUAUGAGCUACAUUUGUAUAAUUUUAAUUAUAAUCGGUGUCUAGAGGCAUUAUAAAGAAGAUUAAAAGUAGAAAAGGACGGGAACAACGCUUUCUCCUACACAGUGAGAUGAAUAACUUACAGUGAUCGCUACACACACCGCCACACAGUAGAUACCAUUUUCCAAUCUUCAAGUUAAAAGUUUGGUCGCCGUUUACGGACUUUCGAGUUUACGGACUUAUUACAAAGCAAACGAUUUGGAAAUGGAUGAAAUUCAUUUAAAUGAUGGUUUAUCAGAUCCACCGGUUGCCGUAUAUGGACUUUCGAGGAAAGAGGUCUUUAUUAUAACAAAAAAAUAUUUUUCAAACGAUUUGCAAGUGAUCAUAGAACAUUUGGAAAAGUCAUUGACUGAAAAGAUUGGAUAUGUAAUUUCAAUUCGCGACAACAUGAGACCUACUAUUUCUGUUUUAAUGACAAAAUUUAGAAAGAAAUAUAAGGAAGCAGCUCAACGACAAGAUUACUUUUUCAAAAAGAACGAAAACUGGUUAAAAACUUCAGUAUAUUUUCAGAUUGAUGCAAAACGUGCAAUUGUAAAUAAAUCAACGGGUCGACCCACCAGAAGUUUCGAAACUUUAUCUGAUAGGUCCAAAAAAAGGAGGACUAAAGAGAUGCGUACGAAGUUCAGUCCUGCCGAGCUAUCAUUUGCUACGCAAAUGAGUCUUCGAUCUUCAGGGCAUUCAGACGCUGCUAAGAUUGUGAAUGACGUUACACUGUCAAGUCCAUUCAAGGCAACAAAAUACAAGGAAAGUUUGCAACUAUCAUUAUCAUUGCCAGCCUUUUAUGAUGCAAAUGAAGCUCUAGUACUUUUAUAAGACCUAAGUUUGACGAAAGAUUUGUACCAGCAUUUGAGAAAUCAGGCAAAAAAAAGGCUUAAAUACAUUUUAUCCACCAUACUCAGCUGUAUUGGCAGCAAAAAAAUGUUGCUACCCUCCAGACGACACCUUAAAUUUUACCGAAUCAAAAGCUGAGGUACAGUUGCAAGCUUUAUUAAACCACACCGUUCAACGUAUUUUACAGCUGAACCAAGACAAUAUUACAUAUAAGAGUGAUUCAGAAAUAUUGAAUAUGACUUUGAUUUGUAAGUGGGGCUUGACGGAAACAUCCGGACAAAGCAUUUAUAAAAUGACUUUUAAAGAUCCGAAUAUAUCAGAUGCAAGUUUACUUUUUACUUCGCUUGUUCCAUUGCAACUUGUAGGUGUAAAUCAAGAAACAAAAGAAGAAAAUCUCUUAUGGAGUAAUCCGAAGCCAUCUUCAACCCUCUUUUGCAGACCUCUAAAAUUGCAAUUUACAAAGGAAACUAAGGAAAAUUUUAUAAAUGAGAAAACGCAUUUUGACAAACAGAUUGAACAACUCCAACCAUUAAAAACAACCAUUCAUAUGAAAAAUGUUUUUAUUUAUUACAGUUUAAGUAUGACCAUGUUAGAUAGUCCGUACUGUAGAUAACCAAUGAUUAUCUACAGUACGGACUGUCAACUCUACACGCCUGGAUUCGAUGUUUUGAAUGCUGUAUUCAUUUGGGAUACAAAAAAAAAAUACGAAAAAAUGGCAAGCGCGUAAAAAAGAAGAUAAGCAGGAAAAAGCAACAAUGAAAGCUAGCACCCAAAAAACUUUCAAACAGCAACUAGGAAUUUUAGUCGACAUGCCAAAGCAAGGGUUGGGCAGCACGAACAACGGAAACACCGCUCGACGUUUUUUUGAAAACACUCAAACGUCAUCAUUGAUAACUGGUGUUUCCGAAGAAUUAAUCUACCUUUUUCAUAUAAUUUUGCAAAUAAUUUCGAGUGGACAUGAAAUUGACGUUGAAAAGUUUCGAGGUUACGUCUUAGCAACUGCAAGACACUAUAUCAAAGAAUAUCCCUGGUACAACAUGCCAACAUCAGCACAUAGAUUGCUGAUCCACGGACCAGAUAUCAUUUCUUCGGCCAUUUUACCCAUUGGUCAACUGUCCGAGAAUGCUCAAGAAUUAACCAAUAAGUUAAUAAAGCAAUAUCGUUUGGGUUUUUCUCGAAAGUUUUUAAGAGUUAAGACUAUGGAAGACGUGUUUAGGAGAUUGUUGGCAACCACAGACCCCUACAUUUCAUCUCUGCGAAAAUCAACACCAAAAAAAAUGAAGACUUUGUUGCCAGAGGCUGUUGCCCUUUUGGUUCCUGUAACAGAAGGUUAUGAAGACUCUGACGCAGAUUCCGAUGAAACAAACUUUGAAUAUAAUAAAGAUUUCAACAAAGAGACAGAUCAAGAUGAAAAAGAACCAAAAUGAUUAUAACUGAAACAAAAUGUUUUUUCUAUAUUUAACACUAUCUUCCAUCAUUUGACCCAUUUUUUAGCUCUUACGGACACAUUGGAUCCACCAUUUUGUUUUUUAAUUUUUUUAAACUUUUUUUUGUCAAAUUUUUAAUUUGUGGCCU